AAGAAAAGAAAUUUGUAAACAUAUUGUUAAAAUUUAUUUAAGAAAGUUCCAAGAGAGCAUUAAGUGUUUUUUGGUUGGCACGAAACGUAAAGAAAAAAUUCUGGCGUCUCUGUAUAUUUGUUGUAUGUGAAGAAGAAGUGUGAAGCAGCACUGGUAUAGAGCAGACAAAAAAAAUUGUAGUGCUUUAUUGCAAGUUGGAGUAGUGUUGUAUUAUUGCAAAGAAAAAUUAACAAACAAAAUAAUUUGUAUGAUGGCCAGUGUUUCACAAUUAAAUGAUUUAAGGAGUUAUUCCCGCCAUUGGCUGGGCGAGUUUAUCGACCUGUAUCAGUUGGAGGAAUGCUUGUGGCAACCAAAACAUCCCGACUAUAGCAACAAUACAGUGCGCAAUAAAGCCUACGACAAGCUAGUGGAAAAACUAAAAGAGGUCGAACCGAACCCCGACCGGAAUAUGGUGGUAAGAAAAAUCAAUUCAUUGCGUUCAGCCUUCAGACGCGAAUUCCGUAAAACCAAUGCCAAACAAAACUAUGAGACACGCUUGUGGUAUUACGACAAACUGUCUUUUAUAGCCGACCAAAACAUCAAACGCACCCUAACAAGCUUAGGCGGCAGCAGCAGCGGCUCGGAUGUUAAGCCGCCAAAACGUUCCCUUACAUUGGCAUUCGAAGAUGAUGAUUCGAUUGAAUACGAAGAUGAGCAUCAAAUGGAGGCUAGCAGUGCCCAUUCGACGUCACAAACGGACUUGCAAAAUGAUCCCAGCAUGACGACGACUAUUGCAACAGUGGCCAAUGGUGAGAUAGUGCCGGUGUCCAUAGUCAAAAGUGAGGACCAAAAGGUGCAUCAUCAGCAGCAACAACAUGAACAACAGCAGCAGCAGCAACAUCACCAGGAGCCACCGCCACUGCACCAUCAUCAUCAUCAACACCAUCAGCAGCAACAUCAACAACAGCAACAACACCACCACCAACAACAUCAUCAUCAUCAUGCUGCUGCUCAACAAAUUCACACUCAAACCCAACCGCAACAUACGACAGCCGUCAAGGUGCUAGAAAUCACAUCACUCGAUUCGAAUUCACAAAGGGAAAUUCAACAGGCCGUCAACUCGCUGGAACAACAGCAACAUCAAAUACAACUACAACAGCAACAACAACAGCAGGCCAACGGUGCCGCCACCGCUCAACUAACACAAAUCCAUCAGCAAGUUCCCACCAUACAAAUCGCACGUGAACACCUUCAACCACUAUUUGGCACCUCGGCCGCCACCUAUACCACCGCUGCUACAACUGGCUCCCAACGGCCGGAAGACGAAUUCGAUGCCAUCGGCAUGAAUGUGGCCAGCAAAUUGCGUGUCAUGAACACGCAUCAGCGUAUUGUGGCCGAGAAACUUAUCAGUGAUGUUCUCUUCAAUGGCCAAUUAGACAAUUUAAGUGUUAACUCACACUUGACCCAGUAGGAUGUUGUGACGUUGAAGGUGGAAAAACUUCAACAGCAGCGACCCACUCACCAUCCGCAUCAACAACAACUACAAGAAAGUCAACAACCAUUAUCGUUAUUGGAAUGGUUUAGUCAUUAUUGUCUAUCGUCUGCUGUUUAAACAAGUGACCCAGCCCCUGGUGGUAACUGAAAUGUAAAUCAGUAGACGAUAAAGAAACUCUAGCAUAAGGCAGAUAAUUUAAGAAAUCUUAAGGUAUUACAAAGGUUUAACUGUCUACGCCCAUCUCCCAAUAUAGUCUAUAAUCUUUAAAAAAAAACAUUGAUAAAUUUUAAUAUAUGUAUGUAAAAAUGAUAAACAAAAACUAUUUAUAAAUUAUUUAGUAUUAUUAAAAUAAUACUGAAAUUAGUACAUAUAAUUAUGUAUUAAAUACAUCUUAAAAAAAACAAUGUAUAUGUACAUAAAGUAAUUAAUUGUAUUAAGUUGUAUGUAAUUUUUUAUUGCUUUAAAUGUUAAUUAUGUUUCUUUAAUUUCUUUAACUUUCUAAUUAAAUAUGUAAUAGUUAAUUAAGUAAUAAUGAUUUAAAUAAUAAAAUAUUCAAACGAUUUUAUUAAUGUAUUGUACAAUAAAA